AUGACUUUCCAGCACACCCGAGAUGCGCUGCAAUGCAAUGCAAUGCAAUCAACCCAGUUGAUUUUUCUUAGGACCCCUAAAAUAUACCUCGAAGAAUCUCUCAGGCUUGCGGGGCCGAUACCCGCAUCCUUCCUGUUUCCCCUCUUCUUUUUUUGUCAUUCUAUUGCAUACGUGCAUAAGCGCAGCUCUCCCCUGUGA